GUAACAUUGUGGAUUAGCUUACACGCGUCCGAGUUAUUGUGUGUGUGUGUCUUAGUUUUGAACUCGGUGCGACUUGCAACGGCGCUUUCAGAAGUUAAAACAUUUGCGACGGGGUUUAACGUUCAUAGUUCAUGGUUCAUUUAUUUGGUAUAGCCCCCGUGAGCCAUUCGGCGCUUGAAUCGGGUGCAACCGCAACAAACAAAACAUGAACAAGUACAAAACAUGAACAAUGAUUGAGGAGGCCCGUGAAGGAGGACCCUGGAGCAGAGACGAUGGCCACCCCACUCACAGACCAGGAGCGACGCAAGCAGAUCAGCGUGCGGGGGAUCGUGGAGGUGGAGAACGUAGGGGAGGUGAAGCGGAAUUUCAACCGCCACCUGCACUUCACGCUGGUGAAGGAUCGCAACGUUGCCACCCCCAGGGACUACUACUUUGCCCUCGCCCACUCCGUGCGGGACCUGCUGGUCGGGCGAUGGAUCCGCACGCAGCAGUACUACCACGAGAAGGACCCCAAGCGCGUCUAUUACCUGUCGCUGGAGUUCUACAUGGGCCGCGCUCUGCAGAACACCAUGGUGAACCUGGGCCUGGAGAACACGUGCGACGAGGCCAUGUACCAGCUUGGCCUGGACAUUGAGGAGCUGGAGGACUUGGAGGAGGAUGCCGGGCUUGGAAAUGGAGGUCUUGGUCGCCUUGCUGCUUGCUUUUUGGACUCCAUGGCCACCCUUGGUCUGGCAGCGUAUGGGUAUGGAAUUCGCUACGAGUAUGGCAUCUUCAACCAGCGCAUCAAGAACGGCUGGCAGGUGGAGGAGGCUGACGAUUGGCUGCGCUUUGGGAACCCCUGGGAGAAGGCCCGGCCCGAGUACAUGCUGCCCAUCCACUUCUACGGCCGCGUGGUGCGCACCCCCGACGGGCCCAAGUGGGUGGACACGCAGGUCGUCCUUGCCAUGCCCUAUGACACACCGGUGCCGGGCUACGGCAACAACACGGUAAACACCAUGCGCCUGUGGUCGUCGCGAGCUCCCAACGACUUCAACCUGCAGGACUUCAACGUCGGGGACUACAUCCAGGCCGUGCUCGACCGUAAUCUCGCUGAGAACAUCUCCCGCGUGCUCUACCCCAACGACAACUUCUUCGAGGGCAAGGAGCUGCGGCUGAAGCAGGAGUACUUUGUGGUGGCAGCGACGCUACAGGACAUCAUCCGCCGCUACAAGGCGUGCAAAUCCGGAACCAGGACGACGUUCGACGCCUUCCCAGACAAGGUCGCCAUCCAGCUGAACGACACGCACCCGUCGCUGGUCAUCCCGGAGUUGAUGCGAGUGUUUUUGGAUGUGGAGAAGCUGGACUGGGAUAAGGCGUGGAACAUCACGGUGCGCACGUGCGCGUACACCAACCACACGGUGCUUCCCGAGGCGCUCGAGCGCUGGCCCGUCCAUCUCAUGGAGAACCUCCUGCCGCGGCAUCUCGAAAUCAUCUAUGAGAUCAACAUGAAGCACCUGGAGAGGGUGUGCGCGCUCUACCCUGGCGACAUGGAGCGCAUGGGCCGCAUGUCGCUCAUCGAGGAGAGCGGCGAGAAGCGCGUCAACAUGGCGCACCUGUGCAUCGUGGGCUCGCACGCCGUCAACGGCGUCGCUCGCAUCCACUCCGACAUCAUAAAGCAGUCCAUAUUUAAGGAUUUCUACGAGAUGGAGCCGGACAAGUUCCAGAACAAAACGAACGGGAUCACUCCGCGGCGCUGGCUCGUCAUGUGCAACCCCAGCCUCGCCGACGCCAUCGCAGAGCGCAUUGGCGAAGACUUCAUCAAGGACCUCGGACAGUUGAGAAAUCUGGAGGCGUUUGUCAAUGACCCCCGGCUCAUCCGGGAUAUCCUUCAGGUUAAGCAGGAGAACAAGGUGAAGUUCGCGGCGUACCUGGAGGCUAAUCACGGCGUGCACAUUAACACGGACUCGAUCUUCGACGUCCACGUCAAGAGGAUCCACGAGUACAAGCGGCAGCUGCUCAACUGCCUGCACGUCAUCGCUCUCUACAACCGGAUUAAAAAUGCACCGAGCAAAUCCAUCGUCCCAAGAACCAUCAUCAUCGGUGGGAAGGCGGCUCCAGGAUACCACAUGGCCAAGAUGAUCAUAAAACUCUUCACCGCAGUCGGGGACAUCGUAAACAACGAUGCGGUUGUGGGGGACAGGCUGAAGGUUAUUUUCCUGGAGAACUACCGGGUGUCCCUGGCAGAGAAAGUGAUCCCGGCGUCGGACCUCUCGGAGCAGAUCUCCACGGCCGGCACGGAGGCGUCUGGCACGGGCAACAUGAAGUUCAUGCUGAACGGAGCGCUCACCAUCGGCACCAUGGACGGCGCCAACGUGGAGAUGGCGGAGGAGGCGGGCGAGGAGAACCUCUUCAUCUUCGGCUUGCGCGUCGACGAGGUGGAAGCGCUCAGCGUGAAGGGCUACAACGCUCAGGAGUACUACGACAAGAUCCCCGAGCUUAGAGUCGUCAUGGAUCAGAUCAGCAGCGGAUUCUUCUCCCCGAAGCAGCCGGACCUUUUCAAGGACAUCGUCAACAUGCUCAUGCACCACGACAGGUUCAAGGUGUUCGCGGACUACGAGGAUUAUGCGAAGUGCCAGGAGAAGGUCAGCGAGCUCUACAGGAAUCCCGUGGAGUGGGCCAAGAAGGUGAUCCUGAACAUCGCCGCCUCGGGCAAGUUCUCGAGCGACCGCACCAUCACCGACUACGCGCACGACAUCUGGGGCGUGAAGCCGUCCCACGUGAAGAUGCCGGCCCCCAGCGAGCCGCCCACGCACAAUGCCGGCCCGUGAACGAGCGGGGGGGGGUUUGGGGGGGUGGAGCCCCUCUACCCUCCAGCAGCUGGUGCCCCCCACCACCCCCUUCCCCACCCAAACUCUCAUCGCCAACGCUUUCCUGUCCCUCGCUGUUGCGCGAGGCUGUAAACCUAGGGGAGCGGGAAGGGUGGCCACCUGGUGGGAACACAUUCGGUGCCCACUCGAAGGAAAAGCGAGAUCGCCCUUAGAUGCAAGCGUAGUGUAGCGAUGAUAAGAGAUGCAACAAACCCAAUGGCUGACGUUCUUGUGGAUACGGACCUAUGCUGCGUGUCCCGGGCUGUGUGUUUCAAGCUUGAAGUUUCAUUGAUGAGAAAAGAAAAACACUUUAAAGUGACGUUUUGGAACACCGUUUAAGCUUUCUAAAUUUACCACUGCAGUGAGACUGCCGUACCUUUUAAAUGUCACUAUCGUGACAUUAAUGAUAUUAUGGCUGAGGUGCACCCCCUGACCAAAUCACCCGGAAUGCUCCCGAUGUCAUCGGACAGCUAACCGGAGUUGAUGUCGGACCGUGCUUUGGAUGGGUAACCGCCAUGCAUGUCAGGUGUUGUAGGCUGCUGCGGGGCUACGUUUUGAACAUCGAGAGGGAAGAAUGACAGAAUGCAUUGUUACUGCUCUUAAGAUGGUCCGCGCCUCCACCAACCCGCACUCCCUGGCACGGUGAUGUACGAUCAAAUAACUGGCACGGCCCCCUACGGCAUAGGGAGCCCCUCAUCCAGCAGUAGAUUGUACCAAAAGGCACUUAAGUCUUGUAUUUCUAUCACUCACAAUUAUCUUACCUUCAACCUCGUGUAGGAGAGCCCGGGACCACACUGCCUAGGUGUGUCGACCAGAGUUGUUUUGUCCGCUUUGGGUUGAAGUCCUCCUUUCGUAGGAGUUACCGAGACGGAUUUAUGGGUGAGCGUGCUGCGCCUUUUACAAAUGCGCAGCACGCGUGUGUCGCACGUGUGCCGCGCACAUUUCGCUCUGCAGCACGAGCGUAGGCACGUGUGUUUUUGGCCUAACUUGAAUUUCCGCAGCGUGCUGCCCACCCCCCCCCCCCCCCCCAUCGUCGCUCUCACCCAGAUAACCGAGACACGAGUUCGAGUUCCCUUCCCAUUUGGAGACGCACACGCACAGGAGCAUUGCAACAGCGAACAGUUGCAACACAGCGGCUGCUAUUGGGAAUUGGAUAGAUGGGUCUUUUUUUUUUACUGCUGCAAGUUUGAGCUUCGUUUUUUUGUUCUUGCAGGUCGCCAGUCGUUGCCCAUCAUCAGCCGUCGCAAUUAGAAAGCGAGAUGCGACGCUGCAUCGUCUCAUUUAGAUCCAAGUGAAGAGUGUUCUCGGCGGCUUCUACACGCGGUAGUUUCUGUGCAAUAACCGUAUCAAUUCAGUCGUGCCGCCCGCUAAAUUGACAACAGCUCGGGGUUUUACCCGUGAUUGCAAAUCCCGGUUCACGCAUUACGAAAACGCCGCGGCAGACGUCAUAAAUCAUCCGCGCAGUGCCUCAUUAAGCGGCAGUCUCUUAGCUUUAGCUAGAUUGGUGAACAAAAGCCGACGCUUUUUUUUAUGCAACAAACGUGGUGGAUUGUUACAAGAUCAACGGUGAUGUUUAGUGGGGCAAGAGUCGAAGCAUUUGCUACGCAAUUACGCAGCUACACUCUCGCAUUUCACUUCAUUUAAAAGCUCCAGAUGUAGAAUUCCCCCCCCCCCAUGCCCAAUUUAAAGCAAUUAUCGUUGAUUAGAUCGUGAGACAAUCACAUUGUAUGCUUAGGAAAGCAACUGCAAUAAAAGUCAAGUUUAACAUCA